ACUACUCAACAGAGCAAAAACCAAAACAAAAGAAAAAUCAGAGUUAACUAAUUUUGUAUUGUGUUUUUCCAAAAUUCAUAGAAAACAAAAGAAGAAUGGCUGGAGUGAGAUCUGAGCCGAUGAAGGUUGUCUUCAUAAACACACAGUACGUUCAGACAGAUGCUAGGAGCUUCAAGACGGUUGUUCAAGAACUCACGGGUAAAAACGCCGUCGUAUCCGAUGGUUCUUAUGAGUUCUCCGGCCAAGGCUACGGCGGUAAAGAUUCAUCACAGCGGUUUUGCGGCGUAGGAAAAGAUGCAACAGAUGGAGGUGUGGAGACGACGGAGUUCGAUAGCUUUUUCAGGGAGAUGCCUCCCGUCGGCGAAUUGUAUCAUCUUUGGUCAGACAACAACAAUUGACUCACUGAUAAUAAUUCGUUCCCUAUUUUCACUAUUCGGUCUUAUUAAGGGCCCAUUGGGUUUUAAUCUUAGUAUCUCUCAAGCCUUUGUAAAAAAAAUAUACGCGAGUGAUCCAGUUACUUCCCCUUUACUUACUCCCUCCUCUAGACAUGUCACCAUUUUUUGUUUUUGUUUUUGCUUAAUGCAUUAUUAAUGUUAUAAUGUAUAUAAGGAAAGAUUAUGCACUUUUUCAAAUUAUAUGUA